AUGGCUUUCUACAAAGUGAUGUGUUUGGCUGCUGGGCUGAUGCUCCUGACCCAAGAGUCUGAGUCACAGCUGGAUGCUUCAGCUUGUGGUCAGGCGGCUCUGAACACCAGGAUUGUAGGAGGACAGGUGGCCCCUGUUGGCAGCUGGCCCUGGCAGGUCAGUCUGCAAACAAAUGGUUUCCACUUCUGUGGAGGAUCCCUCAUUAACAGUCAGUGGGUGCUGACUGCUGCUCACUGCUUUCAAACCAGUACUCCAACCGGUCUGACUGUGAAUCUGGGCCUUCAGAGUCUACAGGGAUCUAAUCCCAAUGCAGUGUCUCUGACAGUAACACAGAUCAUCAAACAUCCAAACUACAACUCUGGUACCAACGACAACGACAUCUGCCUCCUGCAGCUCUCCUCACCGGUGACUUUCAGCAGCUACAUUUCUCCCGUCUGCCUGGCAGCUUCAGACAGCACCUUCUACAGCGGCGUUAACAGCUGGGUCACCGGCUGGGGCAAUAUAGGAAGUGGAGUGCCCCUUCCUUCUCCACAAAACCUGAUGGAGGUGCAGGUUCCUGUUGUGGGAAACAGGCAGUGUAACUGUGACUAUGGAGUGGGAUCAAUAACUGACAACAUGAUCUGUGCCGGGUUAAGUGCAGGAGGAAAGGACUCCUGUCAGGGGGAUUCAGGAGGUCCAAUGGUGAGCAAGCAGAAUGGUCGCUGGAUUCAGGCAGGAAUCGUCAGUUUUGGGGAAGGUUGUGCUGAGCAGAAUUUUCCAGGAGUCUACACCAGCGUAUCCCAGUACCAGGCCUGGAUCAACAGCCAGAUCUCCUCUAAACAGCCGGGCUUCAUGACGUUCACGUCCACUGGGACCAACAGUGACCUCAGUGUUACCUGCACAGGACUGCUACCAGUGCCAACCACCACCACCAUAACUACAAACACCACACUUCCAACAACCACCUACCGAAAUGUAAUAUUGCCCGCAAUCUCUAUUUGUGGUCAGCCAAAGCUCAACACCAGGAUUGUAGGAGGACAGGAAGCUUCUCCUGGCAGCUGGCCCUGGCAGGUCAGUCUGCUAAAAUCUGGGAAGCACGCAUGUGGAGGAUCCCUCAUUAACAGUCAGUGGGUGCUGACUGCUGCUCACUGCUGUCGAAGCUUUACUGUAAGCAGUCUGACUGUGAAUCUGGGCCUUCAGAGUCUACAGGGAUCUAACCCUAAUGCAGUGUCUCGGACAGUAACACAGAUCAUCACACAUCCAAACUACAACUCCAUUACCUACGACAGCGACAUCUGCCUCCUGCAGCUCUCCUCGUCUGUGACUUUCAGCAGCUACAUUUCUCCCGUCUGCCUGGCAGCUUCAAACAGCACCUUCUACAGCGGUGUUAACAGCUGGGUCACCGGCUGGGGCAGUACUGGAGAAACAGUGUCCCUUCCUUCACCCAACCUGAUGGAGGUGCAGGUUCCCGUGGUGGGAAACAGGCAGUGUAACUGUGACUAUGGAGUGGGAACAAUCACUGACAACAUGAUCUGUGCCGGGUUAAGUGCAGGAGGAAAGGACUCCUGUCAGGGGGAUUCAGGAGGUCCAAUGGUGAGCAAGCAGAACGGUCGCUGGAUUCAGGCGGGAAUCGUCAGUUUUGGAACAGGUUGUGCCAGACCGAAUCUUCCAGGAGUCUACGCCAGAGUAUCCCAGUACCAGACCUGGAUCAACAGCCAGAUCUCCUCCAACCAGCCGGGCUUCAUGACGUUCACGUCCACUGGGACCAACAGUGACCUCAAUGUCUCCUGCACAGGACUGCCACCAGUGCCAACCACCACACCUACUACCACCACCACCCCUACAACCACCACCCCUACAACCACAACCCCAGUGGUCUGUGGACAAGCACCGAGGAGUUCUCACAUUUUGGGGGGAACUUCAGUGGCGACAGCCGGUUCAUGGCCAUGGAUGGCAAGCUUACAGAAAAAUGGAAGUCACGUGUGCGGUGGGACUCUGGUGGCCUUGGACUCUGUGCUGAGCAACGCCGACUGUUUCUCAAGCUCCCCUGUAGCGUCCGAGUGGACUGUCGUGUUGGGGCGUCUGAAGCUAAAUGGAUCCAACCCCUUUGAGGUGAUGCUGAAUGUGACAAAUAUCACUCUGAGCAACACGACCGGGACCAACAUAGCCAUCCUCCAUCUAUCUGCCCAGCCCAUCCUGACCGACUACAUCCAGCCCAUCUGCUUGGACAACGGGAGAACCUUCGCCGAGGGCUUGGCGUGCUGGGCGGCCGGUUGGAGUCCUGGAACAGGAGGAGCUGAAGAAGUUAUGCAGCAGUUUCAGACCUCGGUGGUAAACUGUGGGAACUCAUCAUCGAGUGGGAGCAUCUGUACAGACGUGUUUGCACUGCAGCAGGGUGAUUCUGGCGGCCCGCUGAUGUGUAAGCAGGGCGGCUCUUGGUUCCAGCCGGUCGUGUUAACAGCUCCAAGCCCCUCUGCCAGGAGGAGACGAGAAGCUCCAGUUAUGACCUUCACCAGAGUGAGCUCCUUUGACUCCUUCCUGACGAAGACGCUGGGGACACUCUUGUCUCCGGCCUCCAACACCACCACCAACACCACCACUACCAGCAGUACCUACACCACCACCAACACGGCCACCACGACUGACUCAAAUAGUGUGUUUGACAGCAGCGAGGGUCGUCCUGCUCACUCCUUCGUCUUUGUCUUCGUCCAUCUCCUCAGCCUCGCCUUUUGUCUCCAACUCUGCCUUUAG